AUGCCCUGGCUGCCUCCCGAAAUUCUGUUGAUCAUCACCUCUUAUAUACACGAUCCUGAGACCCUGGUAUCACUGCAACUCGUGAGCAAGGAUUGGUCGGCCGCCGCAGUCUCGCAGCUGGAUCGGGGUUUCCUACUCCUCAACAUGAACAAAGUAACCCAAGAUAUCAUCGAGAAGAAACGGAAGACCGCUCGCACCCGGGAGCUGGUCCGUGGUGUGGUCGUGAACUGUCCCGAUGGCGACUACUGGCGGGGUCUUUUGCGGGACGUCAACGAGCGAGUUGGCCAGUUCCCUAACUUGGAUUAUCUGGCUUUGCACCUUCGACCACCAAGCGGCCAUGCUCCCUUCCCCUAUCUUUCUUAUGAUAGAGAGGAAAUACUGUGGGAGGCAAUGCGUGAUUUUCUCAAGGCUCUCAGAAGACUUGGAAAGAUCAAAAAGGGUAACAGCUUGAAUGAGAUUUCCAUUCAAUCCCUACCAGUCCAAGCUCGCUUCCCGGGGUCCGACCAGGGAGAGACAGAACCCAACCAGAGGGCGCUCACAAAGCUCGGUUUGAAGGCACUGAAAAUAGGUUUAGUGAGCUCGACGGUGUGGAAUCAUGAUCUAGAAUGGUCCCUGGAAAAUCAGCCAAUUGGUGAUCCACCAUGGAUUUGGGUAGGACCAACAAUUCAGACCCUGCGACAUCUCUCUAUCACUUGUUGGGGAUUCUACAUGAAGAACGUUGCAGGGGCAUGCUCCUACGGAGGCUUCUUUGUCCCAAUGCUGGAAUCCCUGGAGCUGCGUGGCUGUGGGUUCACAGCGGACUUUCAGCUGGAUUGCAUAGUCAGACAUGGGCGUACUCUGCACUCCUUGAAAUUCGAUGACUGCGCAAUUAUUAAUCGCCUUGUUCUGUGGCGUCCACCUCGAGGUGUCACCAUUGCUGAUAGAGCACAUGCGUCUUUACACGUUGUUGAUGACGGACCGAAAGACCAGGUCCGCCUAUACAAUACUCGGUGGGCGCAGUACUUUGACAAGAUAAAGGAAAAAAUGCCACGCCUCAAACACUUUGAGAUUGGCAGUAGCCGGGCCCGCGCCCCUGGGGAAGAAGGGCCAUGUUUCCAGUCGGAACGGUAUUCUGGGCCCUCCUUCCAUAAACCGUCAACAUUCUUAUUCGGCCUCUUUCCAGAUCGUUAUCUUAAAAUGGGCGAUGCAUCUGGAUGUGCGUGCUGCUCUUGGGUGCUUCAAAAUAAACCACAGGAACGGCCAAAACGACAGGGACUGAUCCUGGACAAUUCUGAUCGGGAUGCCUUACGUGGGUUACUCGAGAAGAUUGGGCAGUCAGUACAAGAGGACGCCGACUCCGGGCAUGCUGGUUCUGAAGCAACUUCUAGCUCGAACGAGCCGGACUCACCCUGCUCCGACACGACUUCGUCCUCUGUCCUCUGA